UGUUUUCAGCAGACAUUCACUGAAGAAAUGACCAUGAGAAAUGUGACACUGUUGACAGAGUUUGCCCUAACAGGACUCCCAUAUCAACCAGAGUGGCAGAUCCCCUUGUUCCUGGUGUUCCUGGCAAUAUACCUAAUCACCAUUGUGGGGAAUCUUGGUCUGAUUAUGCUCAUUAGAAAUGAUUCUCAUCUUCAGAUACCCAUGUAUUAUUUUCUUGGAAAUUUAGCCUUUGUAGAUGCUUGGCUGUCAUCCACUGUGACACCAAAAAUGCUGGCUAACUUAUCAGGUAAAGAUAAGAUGAUAUCUUUCUCUGAAUGCAUGAUACAAUUUUUUUCUGUUGUGAUCAGUGUAACCACAGAAUGUUUCCUUUUGGCAGCAAUGGCUUAUGAUCGCUAUGUUGCCAUAUGCAAACCUUUACUUUAUCCAUUGAUUAUGACCAGUAGACGUUGCAUCCAGCUAUUAGUGUUAUCAUUUGUAGGUGGCAUUCUUCAUGCCAUAAUUCAUGAAAGUUUUUUAUUCAGAUUAACUUUCUGUAAUUCCCAUAUCAUACAUCACUUUUAUUGUGAUAUCAUACCAUUGUUGAAGAUUUCCUGUACUGAUCCUGCCAUUAAUUAUCUAAUGAUUUUCAUUUUCUCUGGUUCAAUCCAAGUAUUCAGCAUUGUGACAAUUUUUUUCUCUUAUACAUUUGUUCUCAUUACUAUUUUACCUAAAAGAUCUGAAAAGGGUGUAAGUAAAACCUUCUCCACCUGUGGAGCACAUCUCCUUUCUGUGUCUCUAUACUAUGGCCCACUUCUCUUCAUGUACGUGCAUCCAGCAUCUUCUGAAACAGAUGAUAGGGAUAUGGUCUUUUCUUUGUUUUACACAGUCAUAAUCCCUGUGUUAAAUCCAUUUAUUUACAGCUUGAGAAACAAGCAAGUCACAACAUCGCUGACAAAAAUGUUGAAAACAAAUGCUUAG